GGCACGUAAGAUACUCACAGGGGCGGCCCGUAUCCCUCCGCCGCCGGCGCGGUCCGGCCCUCCCUCCCCUAGCCCGCCAAUCCCCGCGCCUCCCGACCUGCCCCUCGGCCUGGGCCCACCCCGCGCUCCGGCGGCCCCACCCCGGCGGCGCCGCCCGCCCGUCCGCCCGCGCGUCCCUCGGUCCACCUGCAGCGGGCAGUCCCUCUGGCUGUCCCACUGAACGGCGCCGGCCGAGCCCGAGGCCUGGGCUCUUGCUCUCCGGCGGAGGGAUCCGCGGCGGCUGAGGAGGCGGCGCUGAGAUUAGGUGGAAGAGGUAGCUACGGCGGCGGCAGCGGUAGCGGCGGCGGCGGCUCGGACGGCAGCGCAUAAAGGGGCCGCCGCCGGGUGAUGCGGUGACCGCUGCGGCAGGCUCAGGAGCCAAGUGGGCCUCGGCCCUCAGUCCGUCCUGCCGGACCCGCGCUCCCGAACUCCCCAUCUUCUCCGGCCGACCCGCGAUCACCGAGGAGGCCUCGCGCCCCCUCGCCCCUUCCCCGUCCCUCCCCUGUCCCCGUCCCCGCCCCGGGGGCCACCGCCACCCGCCUCCCACGAUGGCUCUGAAGAGAAUCCACAAGGAAUUGUUUACAAGUUUUUGCUGCUGCAGACACUGAAGCAUCAACAUUGCCAUACAUGUCUCUUGGUGCACAAAGGAAUUGAAUGACCUGGCACGGGACCCCCCAGCACAGUGUUCAGCAGGUCCUGUUGGAGAUGAUAUGUUCCAUUGGCAAGCUACAAUAAUGGGGCCAAAUGACAGUCCCUAUCAGGGUGGAGUAUUUUUUUUGACAAUUCAUUUCCCAACAGAUUACCCCUUCAAGCCACCUAAGGUUGCAUUUACAACAAGAAUUUAUCAUCCAAAUAUUAACAGUAAUGGCAGCAUUUGUCUGGAUAUUCUCCGGUCACAGUGGUCUCCAGCACUAACUAUUUCAAAAGUACUCUUGUCCAUCUGUUCUCUGUUGUGUGAUCCCAAUCCAGAUGACCCUUUAGUGCCUGAGAUUGCUCGGAUCUACAAAACAGAUAGAGAAAAGUACAACAGAAUAGCUCGGGAAUGGACUCAGAAGUAUGCGAUGUAAUUAAAGAAAUUAUUGGAUAACCUCUACAAAUAAAGAUAGGGGAACUCUGAAAGAGAAAGUCCUUUUGAUUUCCAUUUGACUGCUUUCUAUGAGCCCACGCCUCAUCUUCCCCUGUGCACAUGUUUACCUGAUACAGCAGUGCUGCGUGUUGUACAUACUUGGAACAACAAACUAGAAAUACUGUACUUCUGUACCAACAUUGCCUCCUAGCAGAGAAGUGUGUGUGUGACAAGCCAGUUCUCCAGGCAUAACCUAGGUGUGAGACUAAAAGUUUUCCUUACUGACUUAAAUUUGGAUAACGGCAAGGUGAGGGGUGGUGGGUAUGGUGUGUGCUUGGAUGGGGAAGAAAAGCUCCACUGACCUGUAGGAGAUUGUUUUUAAAUGGAAUCCUUUUAAACUCAGAACAGUUAUGAAAAGCAAGGUGAAGAACACGAAGCUGUUUCUGUAUUCAUGUUUUUGGAAGGACCUACGUCUUAGGUGAAAGUUAUGACCAACCAGAUUAAUCUCUACCCACAUCCUGUAUUUUAAGGUCUAAGUUUAACUGGUCAACAUUUAAAUGGAUUGGAGCUAUUAGUACAUAAAGUGUGAUGGGCUUUGGUCCCACAUCUUUUGCAUCUCCCCACCCUUCAACCUUUGUCCUUUCAGCCCCUUUCUCUCUUCCACAUUCUUUGGUUUGUAUGUGGUUUCUCAGUUAAUACAUAGCUAAUAGCUCUUAUUUUUCUUAUGUUUUUAACUGCUUAGGUCUAUCUGGAUGUAAGGGUGAAAAUUCAUUUGAUGGAAAUACUUGUGUAUAUUUAAAGACCCAAUUGCUCCUCUGGAGCUUGUACGUUCAAGAAUGAUUAAUCUGUGUAAUAAACUGAUUACUACAGUCAUUACAUAUAAUUUUGUGUGAAUAGGCUUUUUGAUUUUAAGAACUUUGUCUAGCAGAGAUUAGUGGUGGGUUCUCCCCCCCCACACCCCUAAAAUGUUUUCAUUUAUACUGGUUACAUUUCAAAAUCAUGAAACAAUUCCAGUUUACAUAGUCAAAAGGAUAUCUUGAAAGUAAUUUUACUGAACAAGAUAAGGGCAUAAACUUAAAAGCAUUUCCAUGAAACUUACAUGUGCAGUAUUCCAGGAACAUGACUGUUAAACUAAUAAACCUGCUUUAUUAAUGAAACUAAGCUGCAUUUCACAAAAACCUUGUAACAUUCCCUUGGUACAUAGGACAUGAAACAAAGGCAUUGCUAUUUGGUAAGUUAAGCUUCUGUGAUUGUGAUUGUUAAAAGAGCAACACUGAUCAAACCUGGGAAACAUGAGCACAAUCUUGUAUUGGAGAGUCUACAUAAUUACUUUGCACUGACAUUGCAGGAUGUUCAUUCAAUUAUAAAUUGUACUGUAUGUGGCUUUUUGAAGUCUUCCCUUGACUCUAGUAAACUGUAGUUUGAAACUUGUAAACAACUGUGUUUGCCAGAAACAUCGUUCAUGUGAACUAGGCAAGUUACCUUUUUUUCCCUCCUUCUCCUAUUCUAAUUGUGUAAACCAGGCCAGCCUGAAGGCCGUGGCUGAUGCUCUCUAGCCAUCAGGUUCUUUCAAAUGCAUCUUUACACUUCUGCACAAAAAUUGAGGAAUAAAUGUCCACUGCUUUUGGUUUUAAA